GGGCCUCCUCCUGCGACACCAUCCAAGAAACAUCACCAUAGCAACCCCAACAGCAAACAAUGCUGCCAGGAAAGUCUUCCCUUACCAAGCUGCUCCUCCUGGCAGUCAGGCCCAGAAGAGGAAUGGCCAGUAGCCCACAGAGACAACCCAGAGGGCGGAAUAAUCCACUCCAUGUCCAAGAACCUUUCUUACAGAUGGCCCACGCCCGAGAGCCCCUCCUGACCCACCAACCGCGGGCCCGGCGUGAGUUCCUCCUCCCCAGUGAGCCCGGGGAGUGGCCCGGCUUCACCCGGCAGGCCUACCACCGGCUGGCCCUGAAGCCGCCGCCUUGCACCGAAACGAAAUCCGAGGUGCGCCGCCGACUGAUCCGCCCUUGGAAGGACGCGGCGCCGCACACGUGGGGCUUUCACACGUGGCUCGAUGUGGGCCGUUUGCCAGCCACCUUUCCCACCAGGCCCGACAGGCCCUACGACAGCAACGUGUGGCGCUGGCUGACGGACUCCGGGGCCCACGGCCGCCCCCCAGCGGAGCCUCCCAUCCCGCCUCCCUCCUGGAUGGGUCCCAACAGCUUUCUGACCUUCAUCUGCUGUACUCCCAUCUUCGCGGACGACAACAGGAAAAACCAGGUGACCGUCAGGACGGUGCAGGAACUGAGGGAGCUGGAGAAACUCAAGCUGAGGAGUGAAGCAAGGGCACCUCCCCUCGACGCCAAGGGCAACAUCCUGCCCUCGAGGAAGUUCAAGAAGUACCGGCACAUCUCAGCUGGUGGAAGGUUUGAGCCUGGAGGCCUCCAGCUCAUGCCCAACCCACUUCCCAAUGAUUUCGCCAGGGGCUGGCCCUGCCCAAACCCUCUGCCUCAUUACCAGGAGAAGGCGCUAAAACUGGCCUUCCUGCCUAGUGCACCCCUGAGCCAGGACCUCCUGAGGAAUUACCAAACCCUGAUAGAGAACCGGGUUGCCUUGCCCCUCUAUCAACUCUCCAAGGCACAACCUGGUAAAACCUUAGUGAGGAAGACCAAGAGAAGACCUGGACAGAGCUAGUAAAGCCUCCAGCUGGGCAGGGACCACUGUGGGCUACAGCGUUCUCAACCAAUGCACCUUCAACAAGAAGCUUCUGCAGAAAAGAACCUCUGCACCAUCCCUCCAACUGCAGGCCACCUCUGUCUCCCAGGCUCCUAGAGACUCUACUUAAACUCUAGAUGAUUAUCUGUC